ACCUGACAAAAAUCACAUUUCAGUCUAUCAAAAAAAUUAAAAAUUGUUAGUUUGUGAGUACUUUAUCAUUAAGCUUAAAAUUUAUUUAAACAACUAUAUAGGUAUCAAUGUUUAUGGUGACAUUCAUUGAACAAGGGAUAUUAUUCUACAUUCUACACACUUAUAACAUAAAUAUAUAAUACUAWAAUAUUGUUUUACGUGUCUACUUAUACGAAGAAAAUGAUGAGACCMGUGCAAGUUGUUCGUCCUCAUAAUUUGGAUGAAUAUUUAUUGAAUCUAUUAAAAAGUAUCUACAAAACUAGGAACCUUUCUGUGGAAGAAGUGUCACAGUGGUUGACUUCGGCACCUUUAAAUUCAUAUUUCCGAGUCAACACCUUGAAGAUCACGCCUUUAGAAGUUAUGGCAUCUUUAAACGAACAAAUUUCAAAUCUGAUAAGACUUAAAAAUAAUGAAAAAAACCAUCAUUCAGUUAGAGUACAUAACAAUUUGAGCGAUUGUAUAGUAAUUUCGCCAAUGGAUAAGUCAUUAUUAGACUUGAGUCCUAAAAAAGAAGAAGUUAUUGUUGAUAUUGCUACCGGGCAAUCUGCAUUACGAGGCGCUCAUAUAUUUGCACCUGGAAUUAUGGCAAUGGCACCUGAAGUACAAAUUGGUUCAUCCAUAUCAGUUUAUGCAGACUUAGCUAAAGGGUGUAAACGAGGCUACCAAAAAUAUUACGAUAACCCAUUGAAAAUGUUUGUUGGCAAUGGUAUUGCUAAAAUGAAUCGUCGACAGUUAUUUAAUGGUGAUAUGAAUCCUAAAGGUAUUGCGGUUGAAAUGACUGACCCUACUACAGGUAUCCCUUCAUUCACAUUGCCCAGUGAAUAUGGAAUGUUACAGAAUUUGCCUUCUGUUGUAACUGGACACGCACUUGAUGUCAAUGAAAACAAUCUUAAAGUAUUAGAUAUGUGUGCAGCACCUGGUAAUAAGACCACACACAUAGCAAUUUUAAUGAAUAAUAAAGGAUCAAUAGAUGCAAUAGAUAAAUCGAAAGUUAAAUUAAACAAAGUUGAACUUCGAUGCAAAAGUUUUGGAAUACAAAAUGUGAAGAUUCAUCAUUUUGAUUCAUUGAUUUGUGCAGACACGAACAAUAUAAAUAACAGUGAUGAUAAACCACCGUUUAAAAGUGAAUCAUUUGAUCGUGUGCUUUUGGAUGCACCUUGCAGUAAUCUUGGACAACGGCCAUUACUUAAUAUUGAAGUAGAUAAAAAUGUAUUAAAACGUUUUCCUGCCUUACAAAGAAAAUUAUUAAUAAAUGCUGUAAAUCUUGUUAAGCCUGGUGGUAUUUUAGUCUACAGUACGUGUACAAUAACGCUUGAAGAGAAUGAACACAAUAUAGCUUGGGUUCUUGAAAAGUUCCCACAGAUGGAACUAAUUGCAAUAAAUUCUGAAAUUGGCAGUCCAGGAAUUACAUCUCAAGCAGGAUUAAAUGAAGAUUUAUGUGCACUUGUAAGGCGUUUUGGUCCUGAAAAUGCUGAAGAAGAUUCGAUUGGAUUUUUCAUUUCUAAGUUUCAAAAAAAAAGUUCAAUAAAUUCAUAGUUGUGUACAAUAACAAUAGUAAUGAUAAUAAUAUGAAAUUAUUUCUAAAUUGUUUUCAAGUUGUCUUCCUUUGUCAUGAUAGCAUGUUUAACACUUCAGUCAUAGUUCGAUCAGCUAUAGCAUGUGUUUGAAAUAAACAAGAUUUUCAAUACAUACAUAUCGACUGAGAAUAGYUACGUACCAACUCGUAUCGAAGUCUAAGCCCGAUACAGGUCGGUACGUAUCCCUUGUAUAUUGAGCGUAUAACUUCUUGAACACAUGAGAUUAAAUCGAUACGYAUCGAUCACUCCAAUUUCUUCCUUGAAAAUCUUGAAAGUGUAUUCUAUUUAUAAAUGUGUUUCUCAUCUCUUCCUAGUUUCAAAUAUAUGAUGUAUAAAUUAUAAGCAAUCAUUAUAGAUUUGUCGAGAGAAGAAAAAGUUUAUCAGAUUUAUAGGAAU